CUCAGAACUUCAUGUCGGGCAGCGGCGGGGACAUCUUUUCGGCCACCAGCAAGCUCGAGGAUUUGAUGAGCCUCGAGGGGGAGGUGGUGAGGAUGGUGGACAGGUACCUGCAGGCCACGCUCUCCAAGGUGGAGCUCAUGACCAGAUACGUGCAGGACUUUCAACGCCUCAGGAGGAUAGAGGAGGUGGCAGGAGGGCAGAGGCCGGUGCGGAGUGGAGCGGUGGAUCACCCCGUCGACGCCUACCUGCUGGUGAAGCGCCUGACGGUGGAGUGGGCGAGUCUGGAGGACGCGAUCACGGCCCAUGCAAAUUACACUCAAGAGUUGGUCCACCGCGUCGUGGCAUUUCGGGAGCGGACGUCCUUCCCUGUGAUGGAGGACCUUCACGGGGCCGCGGUCGCUCUGGUCAGGCUGCAGGACACCUACCGCCUUAACAUGACCUCGCUCUCCUCGGGCACCCUCGCGCCCGUGACCUCCGCUACUCUCCAGAGUUCCAAGCCCUUAAAUGCCCGCGACUGCCUGUUCCUGGGCAAGCACGCCUUCAACAAGGGUUACUACGACAAGGCCAUCGAGUGGUUCGAGGCGGCCCUGGAGAGGUCCAGCAGCGAGGAGGUCCUGACGGCGCCCAAGGAUGAGAUCGAGCCGUUCCUGCAGGCGGCCAUUAAGGUGCACGACGACGUCCUGGAGAAACGAGGACCGCGGGGAACAGACUGGCAGACGAAGGCCCUCCCCGUCGACAAGACCCUCGCCAGCAAACCCAAGUACCUCGACGCAACCCCCGUGUUCGUCCCCAAGUUGUAUCAACAGCAGAGCGACGAGGAGGAGGAGGAACACUACAACAGGCUGUGUCGCGGAGAGAGACUGAGGGACUGUUGUAAGCCCGGCACUCACGGCGACGAGGAAUGGCUAACACGAUGUAGCAGACAAAGGGCCUCAAGGCAUAUCACAGGUAAAUGCUGGCAGACAGAAGAGAAGGACAAAGGCACUGCACUCCGAAGAGGGAAGGGCAUAUGGGCACAACAUGGAAAGCAGAAGCAGAACACAAUGCCCUCCGAGAAAGAGAUUCGCACUGCAGAUCGGCGACUCGUAGAACACAGCAACAUCCGCACGGUUGCAGUACAUGGGACACAGGAGAAAUACACAUAG